AUGCGGGCCGUACGAACCUCCCGGUUUUUCUUCGCUGGAGCUGUCGUCGCCCUCGUGGCUACUUCCGCCCACGGCAGCGAGAACGAAGCACCACCCGAGUCUCAAGAAGGCGCAGCGCCGACACUAAAGAAUCCGCUGUUCGGGCAGUUCCCUCUGGACGACCUCCAGGCGUUGCUGGACGCGCAGAAGGACAAUAUGGAUGCGGCAACGCUCGGCAACAUGCUCACUGUCGUGAACGAGGUGAACUCCCCCGAUAUGAAGGAAUUCAUACGUCUUCUCCAAAGCGAGGAUUCGGCUUCAAAGGACUCUAUUCUGAACCAUCCGCUAAUGCAGAAGAAGUUGCAAGUCGCGGAGACCAUCGCUGCGAUGCUCGAGAGCCUCACGCGUAGCAGCGAGAUGACAGACGACAAGGCGGAAGAGAUCGGAAGAAGCCUCGCGGAAAAGAGUGCGUUGCUGGUCCAAGGACAGAUGACUCUCGAACAGUUUGCGAAGACCGUUGCGGAGGAGAAGGCGGAUCUCGAGCAGAGAGAGGAAGACGAGGAGGAUCUCCAAGAAGCGGAAGCGCAGGAGGCUGAUGCUACAGAAAUGGUCAACAUCUGA